CCGGCCGUUUGCCUGAUCACAAUUGUUAACGGUUGUUUAACGGUUGUCUCGUUAGCUGUCAGUGUGCCGAGAGCGGCUGGAGAAAUACAGUUUUAUCCGCAGCUUUGUGCUCGAUACAAGCCGCCACGAUGUUUGAGGAGGCCAGUGAAGUGUUCGACAACAUGUUUAAAUCCUCCUUCCCCCUCACCUUUAUCGUGUUUAUCCCCGCGGUGCUGAUCCUGGUGUCACCGCUCCCGGCCGAGGCGGCACAUGAGUUCACGGUGUACCGCAUGCAGCAGUACGACCUGCAGGGACAGCCGUACGGUACCAGGAAUGCCAUCCUGAACACGGAGGCCCGUACUGUGGAGGCAGAGGUACUAAGUCGCCGCUGUGUUAUCAUGCGGCUGGUUGACUUCUCCUACGAAGAGUACCAGAAAGCCCUGCGCCAGUCAGCUGGGGCUGUGGUCAUCAUCCUGCCCAAGAACAUGUCUACUGUGCCGCAGGACAUAGUACAGCAGUUCAUGGAGCUGGAGCCGGAGAUGUUGGCUACCGAGACCAUCGUCCCUGUCUACUUUGCCAUGGAGGAUGACGAGCUGUUGUCCAUCUACACCCAAACCCUGACCUCCUCCUCCUCACAGGGCUCCUUAUCAGCAGCUGAAGUGUUGCUGCAUACAGCCACAGCCAACGGCUUCCAGAUGGUCACCAGUGGAGCUCAGAGUAAAGCCGUCAGUGACUGGGCCAUCACCAGUUUAGAGGGUCGUCUGGCUGGAGUCGGAGGAGAGGACCUGCCCACAAUUGUUUUGGUUGCUCACUACGACUCCUUUGGCGUUGCUCCAUGGCUGUCAUACGGAGCAGACUCAAACGGUAGUGGAGUGUCCAUGUUACUAGAGCUGGCUCGUCUCUUCUCGAAACUUUACACCUACAAGAGGACACACGCUGGAUACAACCUGCUGUUCUUUGUGUCUGGAGGGGGGAAGUUUAACUACCAGGGCACCAAACGUUGGCUGGAGGACAACCUGGACCAUACAGACUCCAGUCUGCUGCAGGACAACGUAGCCUUUGUGUUGUGUCUGGACACUCUGGGCAACGGAGACUCUCUGCACCUCCACGUAUCCAAACCUCCUAAAGAGGGAACACCCCAGUAUUUUCUGCUCAAGGAGCUGGAGAUGGUGGUUGCCAGUCAGUACCCCGAGGUCAAGUUCUCGAUGGUCCACAAGAAAAUCAACCUGGCGGACGACAUGCUGGCCUGGGAACACGAGCGCUUCGGGAUCCGCCGGCUGCCGGCCUUCACGUUGUCCCAUCUGCCCUCCCACCGCCUGGCGCAGCGCUCCAGCAUCAUGGACGUGCGGUCAGUGUCCCCCUCCUCUCGCCACGGAGCGGGAGAGCCCCCUGCUGGGCCUCACGUAGAUGUGAAGAAGCUCGGCAGGAAUACUAAGGUAGUAGCGGAAGCACUGGCCAGGGUCAUUUACAACCUCACUGAAAAGGGGGCUCCCGGAGACCUGCAGAUCUUCACUGAACAAAUGGUUCAGGAGGAGCAGUUAUCAGCAGUGGUAGACUGGCUCACAGCACAGCCCCGAGCCGCUCAGCUCGUGGACAAAGACAGCAGCGUGGUGUCCACCCUGGAGUAUCACCUCGGACACUACCUCAAGGAUGUCAAGAGGCACUACGUCAAAGCUGACAAAAGGGAUCCAGAGUUUGUAUUCUACGACCAGCUGAAGCAGACGAUGAACGCUUACAGAGUGAAGCCGGCUAUUUUUGACUUGUUGCUGGCCGUCUGCAUUGCAGCCUACUUAGGGAUGAUGUAUCUGGCUAUUCAGAACUUCGGUGUCCUGUACAGUGUUGUCCGCAGAAUCACCCAACCCAAGACAAAGACUCAUUAAGGUGCACAACGCUUUGUUUUUUUUCAUUUGUUUUUUCUCAGAUCCCUUCUUUUUUCCCCUCAAAUCGAAAAACUUUAGCCAGUAAGAACACAGAAGCUGGGCUGAGCUGCUCUUCUCAUGAUGGUUUUCUAGCCAGCAGAAUCACUUCCAUUUCCUUCAUCCUGAUCCACAAACUAUGAUGUCAGAUCCUGUCCUGCUGCCAACUUAAUCCAUUUGGUCUCCUGGACCAGAAUAAUCAGGAAUCAUUCUUCACCCUCCCUGUCGUCAUGAACACAGAUGUCUCGUCAUUCAUUUGGCAAAACAUUUUCCUAUUAUUUGACUCCUGUGAGGGAUGUAAAGCAUUUUGUCCACUCCUCUUGAGGUCUAGAUGAGAUUAAGCGUGAGUCUGUGAUGUUGCUGUACCGCCGAUCGCUCUUCAUUCCUCCUCUCAGUAUACUGUACGAGUGAUCUUCUGCCAAACCGACGUCGUGUGUUAUCUCAGGCAGCUACAGGGAGAAACUGACCACACAGAGUUUAGCCCAGAAUUUUUUUUUGUCGAGAUGUGUUCACCUAUGUUGUUGUUAAAGGAUGGAGGUUCAUAUGUUUUGUUUUUUUUUCCCCAAAUCUGUCUUUAUACAACACUCACAUUCCCAUUUAAAAACAAGAGUUAUCGGCCACUGUAGGCAUCCUAAAUCUACAGACACCUAAUGUCCAGCUGAAGAAUAAAUAACACGAAGAUGAAGCUUCAUUUUAACUUCAGGGGAACCUGAGACUUCCACAUAAAUAACUGGAUUUUGUCUUCCAUCUCCUUAGGACUGCAAUUAAAGGCUAUAUUCAUUAUAAACUGAUCUGAUUAGGGUUUUUCAAUAACUAAUUUAAUUCCUUAUCUCAGAAUACAUUAAAAAAAAUGUAUUUUCGGCCUAUAUAUAUUAAAUUUCAACAUUGUUAAGCAACAAAUCAGAAUCCCAGAGAUGAGACGGUGACGAGGAAUGAUCAGUGGCCGAUAAACUCUCAGGCCUGUGAUUAUUGUGAUGAGACGGACUUGGAAAAAAUCUGAACUGGUCCUUUUUUUUUUUAAACGCUCAGUUGAAAAUGACUCCUAACACAAAUAUCGUUUACGGAUGAGACGAGUUGUCUAAAUAAAAUGUGAAGUAGUGUUUAGGUGAUACUGAUUCCAUUGCCUUGGUAGUGAAUUUAUUAAAAGAAACAUUCAGUUGGAUGUGGACAAAAAAAAUUCCUUGCCAAAUAAUUAUUGUAUGUAUUAAUCUCCCCUCUCCUUCUCCCCAUUUAAUAAAUAUAGAUAUAGUCAUAGAAAUUUCACCUUUGAAUUUUUCCUGUCACAUUUUUCUGUGUUCAAGGUUUGUUGCCUGUUCCCGUGUGAUCUGGUGUGUCUUAUUUUUACCACUCAAAUCUUAUUUUUUAACCCUGAAUUGAUUAAAAAAAAAAAAAAAGCCAUGUCUGCUGAAGUACAGUCGUAUGCUCGUGUCAAAAAGGUCACUUGCAACAAACAUGUUUUUUUUUGUCUUAUCAGAGCAUGUGUGUUAAGUGUGUAAGAGUGCAACGUACAAUAAAACUUCCCCCUUUACUCCUUUUUUAU